GCAGUCCGAUGGCGGUGCGAGCGGGGCAGUGGAGCAGUAUAAGCGGGCGUUUGCUCGUCAGAGAGCCAGAGAUCUGGCACAGCACGCAGACACACUCCUGAGAAAAGAUAAGCAGAUCUCAUCACUGUGCAGACAGCUGGAGACGCACACCGGGCAACACAAGGAUCCAGCAGGAGUGAGUGAGUUCGAGCGUCUCCUCAAGGAGUCUCAGAAGGAGGUUUUGCGUCUGCAGAGACAGCUGUCCGUCACCGCUGCAGAAAACACUGCACAGGUCACAUUUGAAGCCCCACCCACAGUAGUAGAUGAGGCCCCUGUUAAGGGGGAGGAGACUCCUGCAGAGGGGGAGGAGCCAGAAACAGAAUUGAAGGCAGAACUGGGCACAAGCUCCGCCCACCAGGAAGAGCAAACCACAGAAGAGCGUCUUCAGUUGCUGGAAAGUGAGCUGGGAAAGAAGAGGAAAGAAUGUGAAGUUCUUGAGCAUGAGGUCCGCAAGAGACAGAAGCGAUGUCUCGAUUUGGAGAACCAGCUAGUGGACGAGCGCAGCAGAAAUGAGCUGUUAGUAGAGGAGGCAGAUCUCCUCAGGAGAAAGGCUCAGCUGCUUGACCAGUCUCGGGCUGAAAAUGAGGAGCUAAAGGAACAGCUCUGUGUGUUGAGCGCUCAGCAUAGUUCAGUUCUGGAGGAGAACCAGCGACUCCGUGCAAAGCUGGAGAACCUAGAGCAGGUCCUAAAGCACAUGCGAGAGGUCACCGAGCGCAGGCAGCAGCUGGAACUGGAGCAUGAACAGGCGCUGGCAAUCCUUAAAUUCAAGCAGGAUGAAAUCAAGAGACUCCAGCGGGCUCAGCUAUUUGCUAAAAGAGAGCAUGAAAAUGUGGUGCAGGUGCUGGAGAGCACACUGGACUGCAUGCAGGCAAAAGUGCGCGAGCUGGAGGACAAAUGCCGCAGUCAGAGUCAGCAGUUCGGGAUGCUGUCGCAGGAGCUGGAUAAAUUCAGACUUCAGGCCUCGAAGAUCGACCUAUCAGAGGCCGCUUUACUGUGCGGCGCCACCCUGAGUCAGCUGACCAAUGGGGUUGGCCUACCCGGAGACACCGGCACAAAUGCCUCAUGGGAAGACAUCGCGUUCUGGAGUUUGGAGGGUAAUGAAGCCCUCUGUGACGCCUCUGAGCCUGAUGUGGCUGCGGUCUUGCGGACGGGCUCUACUCCACACGCAGCUGAACUGACCCGUCCCGAACGCUCGCCGGUCAUUAAACAUCGAGAACUGCCCUCCAUCGGUGUAAAGUCCGGCUCCACGUCCAGCCCGACGCCACCCAGAUCUGAACAAACACAUCUGUCCCCGAAAUCUGCAGCAUCACAGCCGGCCAGCCCUCGCAAGAGCAGCCCCACACAUGAGGUGGACACUGCUAGUGAAGUGGAGGAGCUGGAUAUUGAUGUUUCUCCAGCGCCGUAUUCAGUCAGUAAAGCAGCAGCCAAACUCCAGGUCUUCAUCGCGCGUUACAGUUAUAAUCCUUAUGAUGGUCCUAAUGAUAACCCGGAGGUGGAGCUGCCGCUCACUGCAGGAGAGUACAUUUACGUCUAUGGAGACAUGGAUGAUGACGGAUUCUACGAGGGUGAGCUGAUGGAUGGCAGAAGAGGUCUCGUUCCCUCAAACUUCGUUGAGCGCGUAUCAGACGAUGAUUUCAUGAGCUCGCACACGCACCAGGCUGGUGAUGCAUCCCAUAAUUCCCUUCAGGAGAGCAGCUUCCAUAGCGGCAGCGAUCGGUUGCAUCAGCACCACCUAAGAUUCGCCCACAGCGCCUCCGACAGGACGGACACCUCCACGACGGCAUCAGCAUCAGCUCCCAAAUCCCAAAUCCCGCUCACAAACGGCCUGGAUCUAGAUCUAGAGGAGGUCGGGGUGGACACUGUGCCUUACCCCCGAAAACUAACACUAAUCAAACAGCUAGCUAAAAGCAUCAUCAUUGGCUGGGAGUGUCCGCUAGUUCCGGCUGGAUGGGGAUUAGUGUUUAGCUAUAACGUCUAUGUGGAUCAUGAGCUGCGGAUCAAUGUGCCAUUCGGUACCCAAACGAAGGCGGUUUUGGAACGGCUGGAUUUGGCGAAGAAAUCGUAUCGGGUUGCGGUGCAGUGUCUGACGGAGCAUGGAAACUCGGAUCAGAUGCGCUGCUGUAUGCUGGUCGGACGGGAUGUGUGUGUGGCACCCAGUAACCUGCGUGUUGAGCGCGUGACGGCUACCUCCGCUAGUCUGACCUGGCUGCCUAGUAACAGUAACUACGUGCACAUCGUGUCUUUGAAUGAGGAGGAGUGUGAGCUGGUCAAGGCGGGAUGCUACUCUCUGUGCCUCAGUAAUCUGACUCCUAGCAUGCAUUACAGUGUGAAAGUGGAGGCUCGGCCGCACCGCACCGCAUGGGAGCUGCCGCCCGAGUGCCGAGAACGAAAAACCGCUCUGACCUCUUUCACGACGCUGACUGCAGGUCCUCCUGAUGCACCUCUGGAUGUCCAGCUAGAGCAGGGUCCGUCUCCGGGAAUAGCUCAGAUCAGCUGGCUGCCUGUUACGAUUGAUGCUGCUGGGACAUCUAAUGGUGUCCGCGUCACUGGCUACACCAUCUAUGCUGACAAAAAGAAGGUAUUAGAGGUGUCGUCACCCACAGCAGGCAGCGCUCUGAUUGGUCCGUCUCAGAUCCAGACGCUACAGGCGGCCCGUGAGCUCACCGUCCGGACCAUGUCAGCGUCUGGCGAGUCGGUGGACUCACUGCCAGUGAAUGUGCCCGCCAAAUUGCCUGCAAUCAUGUCCGGUGCCUCGUUACCUCAAUGCCAGCCUGUGCCAGCUGCCGCCGCCAGUGUCCUCACAGCUAGUGCCAACCCAGACCCUGCUGUCUGUGCCACGUCUCUCUCUGCUGCCAAAACACCCAUUCUGCCACAUGCUGCUACGCUAGACGAACACACCGCUGGUCCUGUUCGAGGAGUCUUUAUUAACACAUCCAAAACAAUCCACCAUGAAGCGCCCGCGUCUCCUGCAUCCUAUGUAGAUGCCUGGGCAAACCCUUCAUCUGCUGCCCCGCUGACGGUGGAAAUGCCAGCACAAGAAGCACCACCAACAUGUGCCUCAUGUUCUGACACAAUGGUGAGUGUAUCUGCCCCCAUGGUCACACCUGCACCUAUGGUCUUGCCCGGACCUGAUGCCACACCAACACCUACACCUGUACCUGUUCCCUUGGCCACAGCAAGUGCCCAUACCCACACCAGUGUCCAUCUCAGUGCCAGCUCCUAUGGUUGUGCCGGCACCUGCCACCAUACCUGUUUCCAUGUCUCCGCCCAUACAUUCACCUACUGUUACACCUGUGUCAGUGCCAGUGCAGUCUAAUAUAGUGACCCCUGCAGUGAUGAUCCCCAGCAGAGAGACAGACAAUCCAGGAUCUCUGCGGCAUGUUGCCUCCAUCUCCGACUUCUUGGAGGACCCCUGUGCCAAACUUCAUACACCUCCGCCCCCUUGCCCCAA